AUGCCGCCCGGCAGCUCGCAGUUUGCACAGCCUGUCCCGGUGCCCGCCAGCACCGGGCCGGUGCUGGAGCUGGUGCAGAUGCAAGCGGUCAGCGUGGAUCCCCGGCUAGGCGGCCCGCUGAUGAAGGCGCUCGCGGUGGCGUCGCCGCUGACGGGCCUCCAACACGUCAAGCGGGUGCGCAAGCGCAUAGACUCCUCCCCGCUCGCCCUGCACAUCCUGCUGUGCCGAGUGGAUUGGGAGCAGCAGCAGCAGCAGGUUGAGGAUGACAUUGAGCAGAAGCAGCAGCAGCUGGGGAAGGAUGGAGAGGCCGGCGGGCGGCAGCAGACAGGCAGCGCUGCUGGCGAGCAGCCGCCGUCCCUGCCGCCCGCGGUGGCGGAGAUUGUGCGGCAGCACGGCUUGCAGCCCUUCACCGUGCAGGUGGCCAUGCAUGCGCCCGCGACGCGUGAGCAGCUGGAUGAGUGGUCGCAGCACUGGCCGCUCAACUGGCGCCCGCCAGACCCCGCAGCCGUGGCGGCGGCAGCGCCGCCACCGCCCGCCGAGGCGGCAGCCAUGCGGCACCACAUGGCGGCUGCCUGGCAGCUGGCCCGCCAUAAUGCAGAUGCCGGCGGCGUGGCCAACGCCUGCCUGAUUGUGGACCCCCAGCGCGGCACGGUGGUGGCUCAGGCGGCAGACUGCACGCACCGCCACCCGCUGCAGCACGCCGCCAUUGCGGCGGUCGCGGCGGCGGCAGACUGGCAGCUGCGCACGUGGCCGGCGGAGCAGGCGGCCGUCGGCGCGGGGCAGCGAUCCGGGGAGCUGCAGCAGGUGGCAGGGGGCGCUGCCUGCGGCGAUCCGGGAGCGGCUGACGGCAAGCGGCGGCGGCUGGAGGGGUGUGCCGACGUGCAACAUGCGGCUGCCGAGAAUGGCAACCACCUGCAACGGCCGAGGCGGCAGCAGCAGCAGCAAGAGCAGCAGCAGCACGAGCCCAGGGAUGGUAGCGCAGCCACUGCUCUUCGAGCGGACAAUGGCGCAGGCCGGCUAGCCGCACCAGCAGCAGCAGAAGAAGAAGCAGGCAGCCAGCCACGUGCGGCGCUGAGGGGAGAGGCGUCCGCUGCCGAGCGGGCGGCAGCGCCUGCUGCCGACCCCGGCCCCCGCCCCUACCUCUGCACCGGCUAUGACUGCUAUGUGCUGCGUGAACCCUGCACCAUGUGUGCCAUGGCUCUGGUGCACAGCCGGCUGCGGCGGGUGGUGUUCUGCUGCGCCGAUCGGCGGUACGGCGCCCUGGGCGGCGCCUUCAGGCUGCAUGCCCAGCGCAGCCUGAACCACCACUACCAGGUGUACCGCCUGCCGCUGGCGGAGGCGGAGGUGUAA